GCGAAGGUCACCGCUUUCUGAUAAAAGCGCGUUGAUAAGGCCCGUGGCGCUGUGCCUUUACUGGCAGAGGGAAGUGAAUGGCGGCGCAUUUAGCAGGGGUGCCCCUGUACCGAGAUCCCCUGUGGGCUUUGUGCUUCGGCCCUGCCCAGUGCUGAAGGGGUGCCGAUGCUGGGUGAGGGGCUCUGCUUUGUAUUUUCCUUCCUGGGCCCGCACCCGUCAGCUUUGUCUGUGUGUUGUCCCCCGGAGAAAAGGGAAGGGGCCUGCGCGGGAGAGUCAUCUCCUGACUCUAACGAGAGGGUCAACAGCAGCCUCUCCAGUGAUGAGCUCCUACUGGAAGACUUGGAGACAGAAGGAGAGAGGCAGCUAAAGAGCCUCCUUCACCACCAGCUCGAUACCACCAUCUCCAUUGAACAAUGCAAGUCAAAGAGAAGAUGUUUUGCCCCUGCCGCUUUUUACAAGCCUUUUGGGGAAGAGGCAGCGGGGGCUUUGACCUUGUCGCAGUUCCAGGCCCUGCAGGAGAGCAACAAAGAAACUGCCUCUCUCCGCGAACUGGGACUCUCUGACUCAGAGAUCCUGCUCUGGAAGAACCGGGCAUCUACAGGGAAGGGCUCUGGGCUCGGAGCAGCCCCAGAGGCCACACAGGACCGACUCCAUGCCAUCCAGGAGAAGAUGGAAGAGCGUCAGCGCAUACUCGCUCUGCCCCAGAGGUUUGCUGGCAGCAAGCAGCUGAGCAGACGGGAGAUGGAGAUUGAAAAUGCCCUCUUUCAGGGAACAGACCGCCACUCCUUCCUCCGGGCACUCUACCAUGAAGAUGACAGUCAGAAGAGGGUUACAGAUGAAAAGGACCCCAUGGUUCAUCUGGAGAGUGUUUACCAAGAGCUGCUGAGCAAGAAGUCAUCUGAAGAAGUCCAGCCUACCAAGAGUGACCCAUGCUUGUGCUCUUCCCUGGCCCCGCAGGAGCCGCUGGCUGAGGAGUCAUCACUUCCAGACCAGGAAGAGCAGGCAGAACAGGCAGGAAGUCCUAGCCUUCCUGCAACAAGGCCCCACCAGUCACCUCCAGGGUUUGUGGUUAUCAAAGAACCUGUAGAGUUUGUCCCGGAAGAGGAGAUCUGCAAAAACCGUCUCUCAGAGGAAGAACUUCGGAAUAUACCCAGGUUCUCAUCCUACCAUCCUGGGGAACCCAACAAGGUGCUGUAUUUGAAGAACCUGGGCCCUCAAGUGACGAUGAAGGAUCUAGUGUCCUUGUUUGCUCGGUUCCAGAAGGAGGACAGCCCACCAAUUCAGUUCCGUCUCCUGAACGGCCGGAUGAGGGGUCAGGCUUUCAUCACGUUCCCUGAUACUCAGUCAGCCCAGGCUGCCAUGCUGUUGGUGAAUGGUUACCAUCUGCAGGGGAAGCCAGUGGUGAUUGAAUUUGGGAAAAGCAAGGGACGUUUGCCAGAGGCUGACUCUGCCAUUCCCUGCUCAUCUGCUGGAGAGACCCCCCCGGCCAAGUAAGGGAUGGAUAACUGGGAACCUUGUGGAUUUGCAUGGCCAUGGGAACUCCUCAGUUGUAACUGGGACAGUGAAGGACUGUUAGGAGUUAAUAUAAGGUCCAUGAAUCUGAGUGGGGAAGGGAGAGAGCUGGGGACUAGGCUUUUCUUUGAGAUAGGCACUGUCUUUACACUGUUGAGGUAUAAUGGCUUUUUCUCCUGUUCUACGUGUGUGGCUUUCAUGGCAAGGAGGGAGGGAGGAAGCCCUGUAAAUAAACGUAUUUAUUAUGGUA